AAGUGUGUACACCUCCUUUGACAGCUGCCCAGCUGCUUAUUGCUGUUGUUGUUGUUUCACGGCUGUUGUGUUGUUGGUGGGGGAAGCGAUCCGCGAGCGAUUGGUAUUUCUCUUACAAAAGUAAAUAAAUAGCAAUUUGGGCCGUAAAUUGCAAUUACUUCAAGUUCACUAAGUGAAGCGCAUAAACGCUUCCACUAAACGCAACCAAAAGCUUUAUAUAUUUGCGGGCGUAGCUUCCACAGAAAUCGGUGCUUCCCCCAGCUCCGCGAUGAAUUUUUUGCGCACAGCAUGCGAAAUCGCACGUACAUCAUCCGGCGUGGCUCGAACGUCGACGCUGCUACGAUCACGUAGCACUGCCGCAGCCGGUCGAAGCUUCAGUUCCAACCAGGUCGAACCAAAGCCCCAGCAGCCACCGAAAUCAACACCGUCCGCCGGUGGAAGCAAUGGAUCGAGCAUCAACACGCACACCCACACACCGAACGCGCUGGAGAAGCGUAUGCUGGUCUUCAUGAAGCGGUACAAAUCCAUCGAAGAAGUUCCUAACUUUGUCAGCCAGGAGAAGAUGGAACGGGUCCGGAAUCAGGUGCGAAUCAAGAUCGCCAAUUACAUGAUGAUUGCGACGGCGAUCGGCUGCAUCGUCAUGGUGAUCAGUGGCAAGAAGGCGCAGGAGCGGGGCGAAUCCGUUGCCCAGAUGAACCUGGACUGGCACAAGGAGUACAACGAGAAGGCCCGUGCCGACUACGAAGCGUCGCUGGCGGCGGAAGCGAAGAAGAAGUAAAAUGCUGUGUUACCCACCACAGGCUGGUCUCCGGCAAAGCCAUCAUCAAUUAUCCUUACACCUGACCUGUUUUUUGCUAGAAAGAAAGGUCCGGUGAUUAUUGUGCGCGUUAAAACUACGCCUCAUUUAAAGUGUUGAUCUUUUAGGCGCUAGAAUUUGAUAAAAUCAUCCUGUAAAUACAGCCAAGCGAUGGAAUAAUGUCA